GUGUGGCUGACAGUGCUGACAGUCUUGUGUUUGAUGGUGCUGGAAACAGCUAUGAAAUGAAUUUCGUGUGUGAAAUUUAACAAAAUGGUGUGCGGCCUAACUAGUUAUUUGUUGAGCACUUGCAGGGAAUACGUUGAAAAGGAUUCAAGUGUUGGGCCUGAUCCUGACAGAAGAAGCGAUUAUGAGUCAGAAGUUGAGGUUCCAAAUGAAACUGAAUCGAUAAGCCACGAAAGUGCAGUUUCAGAAGAAGCAGUACCUCCCACUGAAAACAAUACAGAGCCGUCCGCUCGUAAACGUAAAGUGUUUCUGUCCCCAAAGAGACACCAAGGAAAAAAAAGGGAACAGGAGGAUCCAAGAUUAUCAGCUGCUUACAACAUACUUCAGAAUGUGGCCAAUGCUCCCAAAGAUGAAUGUUCAACUUUUGGGAAGCAUGUAGCCACCAAACUUAAAAAAUUUGAUGAUAGAGUUCGUUCUGUUGUCAUGCACCUCAUGAACAACAUAAUUUUUGACGCUGAGAUGGGAAAAUACAAUAAUUACGGCCAUUCCUCUGUUCAAACACCACCACCAUAUGCUCAGGAACCUUCUGCUUACGUUCAUACUUUAUCACCAUCAUCUACUUAUUCUGCGCAUUCUAUUCAGUCACAAGGCUUGUCUAAUUCUCAGUUUUCGGACAGUCAAAGUUCUUUGACUCCUUUACAAAAUGAUGUACAUUCGUUUGAUGAUGCUAAUAACACAUAA